AUGGAGGAGGCCCUGUGCAAGGAAAUUGAUCGAGUAGACUGCUCGCCCUUUACCGACGAGGUGGAACGAGCUCCCCUGCCGAAGCGGUUUACAACGCCAUCCAUCACUCCAUUCAAGGGGAACUCUGACCCUAAGAGCCAUUUGAGACACUUCAAGAGCGCCAUGAUCCUGUACAAGGCAGAUGACGCCCUGAUGUGCAAACUGUUUGCGAUGACUCUGCGAGGAACAGCUCAAGAUUGGUUCCACACUCUACCGUCCGAGUCGAUAGGCAACUUCAAAGAGUUCGCCCUCAUUUUAACAAAGGAGUACAACUCCUACAAGACGGGCUUGCCAACCCAGCACGAGCUAUACCGGGAGCUGGCAAUAACUCCAAGUCAAACUUCGGAGGAAGUGUUCGCGACGGCAGAGCGCUACGCACUUUGGGAUGAUGAUCGUAUCGCCGCAAAGAAAGCCAGCAAGCAAGUUGACCACUCGACGAAGCAGGCAAGCCAAAGGAGCAAUAAGUUCGAGCAAAAAGCCCGGGAUAAGCGCAGAUCGCGACCCCAAGAGAGAAGCUCAGAAACGGGGACCUUCGCUGAAUUCGCUAUCCCAAUCCACCAGAUCUUAGCUCAGGUGAAGGACAAGCCGUGGGUGAGAAGACCACCACCCAUGAAGGGAGACCCCUCUAAAAGAGACACUAGUAAAUACUACACAUUCCACGGGGAGCACGGUCAUUACACCAACAACUACAACGCUUAG